UGUCAUGUAGAAAACAACAUACACACAUAAUAAUAGAGCCUAUAGGUUCAUUCUAAGGCAGUUACAAAAUCGGUUACAGAGUAUUAUUGUUACUUUAUUGUUGCCAUAUUCAUCAUCAUUGUAGAGCCCUUGUUGUCGUUUGCAUUUGCCUCUAGUUGCUACAAAAAAUGGCGUCUCACCAACAAGAGCCAUGGCUUCUAGAGAAUGGAAAUGUGAAGGUGUUGACUAAGGAAAUGCGGCACGGCCAUGGCCGGAGCCGUACUGCCCACAACAUGUCGUCCUCUUCUCUUAGGAAGAAAUCCGACCGGACCCUCGUAUCGAAGGUUCGGUGCGGAUUGCUAAGGAAUUUGUUGGUUAACAUCCAAGAAGUUAUUCUGGGGACAAAGUUGUCCAUCUUGUUCCCAGCAAUUCCCAUUGCCAUCAUUGCCCAAUGCUAUGGCCUUGGAAGACCAUGGAUUUUCGCAUUGAGCUUACUUGGGCUUACACCGCUUGCUGAACGUGUCAGCUUCCUCACAGAACAAGUUGCAAUUUACACUGGUCCUACAGUUGGAGGGCUUCUAAAUGCAACAUGUGGAAAUAUUACUGAGCUGGUGAUAGCAAUAUUUGCACUGAGUAGUAACAAAGUUGAUUUGGUGAAGUAUUCUCUACUGGGUUCUAUCCUCUCAAACCUUCUGCUGGUUCUUGGAACCUCUCUCUUGUGUGGUGGCAUUGCAAACCUUGCAAAGGAACAAAAAUAUGACAGAAGACAAGCAGAUGUGAACUCUCUAAUGCUUCUGCUGGCAUUGUUGUGCCACUUGCUUCCAAUGCUGUUCAGAUACGGCGGUGGUGGCUCGGACGCUCUCGCGGCCGCAGACUCAUCGCUGUACUUGUCGAGGGCCGCCAGCAUUACCAUGUUGGUUGCAUAUUUUGCUUACCUUAUCUUUCAGCUGUGGACACACAGGACAUUGUUUGAAGCUGAAGAUGAGGAUGGAGAUGGUGAGAAUGGUUCAGAUGAUGAAGAAGCUGUGAUUGGAGUGUGGAGUGGUGUUGCAUGGCUGGCUGGGAUGACUGUCUUCAUUGCCUUGUUAUCUGAAUAUGUGGUGGACACAAUUGAGGAAGCAUCAGAGUCAUGGGGUCUUUCUGUAAGCUUUCUCAGCAUAAUUUUGCUACCAAUUGUUGGCAAUGCAGCUGAACAUGCAGGAGCAAUCAUAUUUGCUUUCAAGAACAAGCUGGAUAUCACGUUGGGUGUUGCAUUAGGUUCUGCCACGCAAAUUGGCAUGUUUGUGGUUCCUCUAUGUGUACUGGUUGCUUGGAUAAUGGGUGUUAAAAUGGAUCUAAACUUCAACCUCCUAGAAACCGGUUCUCUUGCUUUGGCAAUAAUAGCCACAUCCUUUACUUUACAGGAUGGUACAUCUCACUACAUGAAAGGGCUUAUUCUUCUUUUGUGCUACGUUGUCAUUGGUGCUUGCUUCUUUGUACAAAGAACACCCUUAAACCAAGUGAAUGUUAACAUCACAUUCAAGUCAGCAAGUGAUGCAGUUUUAAAUGCUUAAUAGGCUUUGGCCUAUGAUUGGUCCCUUGUGAGAUGAAGGAUAGUGGCAUCAUCAUCAAAACUCAAAUGUUGAUUCGUUGAAUUGUUUAUUGGUUUCAAUAUUCUAUCAUCCAUCCAUCCACCGGUCAUAUAUCCAGACACAAGGCAGAAGAGUUUUGCAGCAGCAUUGCAUGUUAGUGAUGAAUCUGUGUCCAAGAUUUUCAAUCAUUAGUAUGAUGUAUCAUAUAAUUGUGGCCUAGCUAGCUAGUGGGUAUUGAGGUUAAUUAAGUUGGUUAUUUUAUUAUCAUGUACUUAAGUAAUUCUGAAAUAAAUGCAAGUUAAUUGUUCUUGCAUGGUGAAUUUGUGGUUGAAUCAUUAAAGAAAGUUCCUUGAGUUUGAAGAGAA